CCGUGGCGCGAUUAAACGUUUGUUUAUUUCUAAUAAACUCAUGAAUGACGGCACUUUUAAAAUGUCUACGGCGUGCCCAAAUCAACUUACAACGUUCCUACUGCACUAAAACGGGAAAGAACGCUGAAAUGAAGUUCCUAAACGUAGCCGAAAAAAACGACGCCGCCAAAACUAUUGCCGGACUCCUGUCCAAUGGAACAGCGCGGCGGCGUGAGGGCUACUCUGUGUACAACAAGGUGUUUGACUUUGAGGCUGUUGUGCGAGGCAACAAUUCUAAGAUGGUGAUGACCUCCGUGUCCGGCCAUCUGAUGCAGCUGGAGUUUGCUGUUUCAUAUCGUAAUUGGCGCAAUGUGGAUCCCGGCUCUCUUUUCGAUGCUCCUGUUCGGAAGUCUGUCGGUCAGGACUACGAGCCAAUAAAGCGCACACUGGAACGCGAGGUACGGGGAUGUCAGGGACUGAUUAUCUGGACGGAUUGCGAUCGCGAAGGCGAGAACAUCGGCUACGAGAUCAUCGACGUCUGUCGUGCCAUUAAACCGAAUCUUACUGUGUACCGGGCUAAUUUCUCGGAAAUUACAUCGGCAGCAGUUCGCAGGGCACUGCAGCAGCUUGGUCAGCCAGACAAGCGCCAGAGCGAUGCGGUGGACGUUCGCUCGGAGCUGGAUCUUCGCACGGGCGCCGCCAUUACUCGGUUCCAGACCAUGCGAUUUCAACGACUCUUUCCCGCGAAGAUUGCCGACAAGCUCAUCUCUUAUGGUAGCUGUCAGAUUCCCACCCUGGGAUUCGUGGCAGAGCGGUACAAGGAAGUUGAGGCUUUCGUAUCGGAACCAUUCUGGAAAGUGAAAGUUAUCCAUACAAUCGACGACCUAACCGUCGAGUUCAACUGGGCUAGAAACAGGCUCUUUGACAAAGAGGCCUGUGAAAACUACCUACUGCUUUGCCUAGCGGAGCCCGCUCCGCGUGCCCUUGUUGAAAGUGUAACCGUAAAGCCUAAGCACAAAUGGCGACCCACACCUAUGGACACUGUGGAAAUGGAGAAACUGGGCUCACGAAAACUGAAGCUCUCUGCGAAAGAAACUAUGACUAUAGCCGAGAAAUUGUACAGCAAGGGUUUUAUUAGCUAUCCCCGCACAGAGACUAACCAGUUCUCGAAGGAAUUCGAGCUGAAGCCGCUGGUGGAAAUGCAAACGGGCAACGCUGCAUGGGGAGCAUUUGCCCAGCGAGUGGUGGAAUGGGGCCCAAAUCCACGAAAUGGAAGUAAAUCUGAUCAGGCGCAUCCCCCCAUUCAUCCCACUAAGGCUGUGGAUAAUCUUCAGGGAAACGAGGCCAGGGUUUACGAACUGGUUGUCCGCCACUUUCUUGCCUGUGUCAGUAAAGACGCUGUUGGCUCUGAAACUCUAGUAAACAUUGACAUUGCCGGGGAGAAGUUUACGGCCAACGGGCUAGUGAUUCACGAACGAAACUACCUGGACGUUUAUGUGUACGAUAAGUGGAGUGCCAAGCAAAUUCAUCACUACGAGCAAAAUCAGCGCUUUGAACCGACGGAGGUGUCACUUCAUGAGGGUGCCACGACUGCUCCGCCUCUGCUAACUGAAGCCGACCUGAUCGCUCUAAUGGAGAAGCAUGGAAUCGGAACUGAUGCGACACAUGCGGAGCAUAUCAACACUAUUAAGGAGCGCGGUUACAUCGGAAUGGUUGACAAGGGUGCCUUAGUACCAGGUGUGAUUGGCAUGGGUCUUUACGAAGGCUAUGGUGCCAUGGAGUUGGCUCUAGCCAAGCCUCAGCUAAGAGCGGAAUUCGAGUUGGACCUCAAACUAAUAUGCCAAGGGCAAAAGAAUCCAAAAGCAGUGCUCUCCGACCAAAUUGCCAAAUAUAAACAGUCAUAUCAGCAAAUCACCGACAAAAUCACCGCCAUGGAUGAAAAAAUAGCUGCACGUAUCAAUGAGACGCCAGCAGCCAAUACACAAGGCCAAGAAGGAGGGGAUGGCAGUGAACAGAAUCAGCCUGUCAUGCAGACUCUUUUUCAGUGCCCCAAGUGCAACCAGGCUCCGCUGGCUCUGAAGGCCAAGAAGAAUCAGCAAGGCUGGUACAUCGGCUGCACAAACUUUCCAGAUUGCAAAAACGCUGUUUGGUUACCGUCAGAGUGCAAGGAUGUCACGGUGACCAAUGAAAGCUGCUCCAGUUGUGGUGACAGUCACCGCUUGCUGAAAUUCCGUUUUGCCACGCCUUAUUAUCGUGGAGUCUUCAACACGCCCCAUGGCUGGUAUAAAACAUGCCUGCCCUGCGACAAUCUGUUUCGGUCGACAUUUAACAUCAAUUUAGAAUCUGUGAAGCGUGUGGGGGGUAUUGUCGGUGAGGCAAGAGGCGGAGGUGAUAGCUGGGGACCAGGGCCGGGACCUGGUGGAGGUGGAGGAGGAGGCGGAGGAGGAAGUGGAAGUGGAAGCGGUGGAAGGAGACCAGGUGGAGGAGGAGGAGGAUCGGAUGGUAGACCAGGCGGUGGUGAUGCCUGGGGCUCUCAAGGUAGGAGCACUGUGAAUCCUUCGACACAGAAAGGAAAAAAACCUGGCACUGGAGAAACGAAACCCAAGAAACCACCAAGCAUACCGAAGCCAAAAAAGGCAUCUAAAAGCACUGAAAAUAAAAACACUGUCAGUAAAUCGACAAGCAAUAUUCGUAACUACUUCAGUGCUGCAUCAAGCUCACCCGCAAACGAGUUGGAUGGAUUCUUCGAUAGUAAUGAUGGUUUUGAAGAGGCCAUGUUAAUGGCUGCCGACACGCUGGACACGAAUGGAGUGCAAUCGCAAUCCUCAAACGUGGUUGAACUAGAUGACGAUAUAGCCGCUGCCUUUGCUGCAGACGAUGAUGCUGAGUUUGAGGCUUUAGUGAAUGGCGGUACUAAGGAUGAAGACCAGCUGGAUAUGAGUCUUUCUGCCUGGGUACAAGAGCAGGAAGAUGCGAACGAGCGUCCCAUGGUGUGGGGAAGUCGAGCACGAGCAUCCUCCAAUGUGGCUUCUACACCGCCCCCAAAACCAGCACCCAAGAGAGCGAGAUGGGACAGCACAGACUGGGAUGAACCUUCCUCGUCAGCUCCGAAUUCAGAAACUCAGGUGGUGCUGUGCACGGGAUGUCAACAGGCAGCGAUUCAACUUACCGUGCGUCGCGAUGGGCCCAACAAGGGGAAGCUAUUUUAUAAAUGUCCAAAGCCAGGCGACGAGUGCAAGUUCUUUCAAUGGGCUGAUGAGCAGGCAGCUCCCAAAAAACCACCCACCAACAAUUCUUCCUUGCCUACCACUUCGUCUUCUUGGGGAACCAACCGUGUGACCACUCUGUCGAACCAUUUACAAACCAACAGUUCCCAGUCUCGUAACCAAGGAUCAAUGCGGUCCAAUUCGAGCAGCACUGUCACAAUAACCAAAACAAAAACGACUGCGACUUCGACGUCCCACGAUGAGGGAGAGGAGAUCAAGUGUAAUUGCGGGAAACUGGCAAGUAGCCUGACUGUUCGAAGAGAUGGACCCAACCAGGGCCGGCCUUUCUUCGCCUGCCCCACCCGGGAAUCUUCUUGUGGUUUCUUCAAGUGGGGCGACGAGGAUCAGAGUCAAGGUGGUUCCAGCGGAGGAUACUCAUGGGGAUCUGGAACUGGCAAUCGGAAUGCUCCUUCCAAAGCUGCAAACAAAUCCGAAGGAUCAAAGUCGCGCAAGUGUGGUCUUUGUCGCAAAGAAGGACAUACUCGAAACAAGUGUCCCCGUAAGAAUGAUUUUGAUAUGUAA